CAGUAUGAUUUCACGAUAGAAAUUAUUAUGAAGCUACAACUAAUUUCUGUAAUGUAUGAAGGGAUCUGCAGGUCCUGUCGGUGCGCAAGGUCCGCACGGUCCGAAAGGUGUAAAAGGAGCAAUUGGAUUACCCGGAGCAAAGGGAGAGGCGGGACCGCAGGGCAUUGCUGGACCAGAGAUGAGUGAAGAUGUUUUAAAUCGCUAUUUUAACCCGGUCAAAGGACUAUUACAAAGGAUACAAGGACUGGAACAGUGGAAAGUACAGUGGGUACAAAGCAAAAUGGCGGUUGCUGCUGAUAUUAGAGGAUCAACAAGUUCAACUUACAGUAUUUCAGGUGUAAUAACGUACUGGUCGACUAGCAGUCCGUCCUUUUUGGUGGGCGGUAUCACUUACAGCAACGGAGCUUUUACAGUUCCAUCUGAUGGUCUUUACUAUAUUUACAUACAACUGUUCAUCGACAUGUCCAGCGGUUAUGCGUAUCCAACCUUGCGCGUAAAUCGUGGAAUAGUGAUGUACAUGCAUUACCAAAUGAGCGGUGGAGACAGAACAAAAUACAGCGGCAUUAUUCGAAGGUUAAGGAAAGGAGACAACGUUGACGUAUAUGGAAAUGGCUUUUCUUACUUUAUGCAUUAUCGAUACUCGUAUUUUGGUAUUUUUAAGUUGAAUUAACGAAUCUGUAAUGCAACAUCUUGUGCAGGAAACUGCAUUUUAGACUAGCAAUCAAACCAAUUAUUUUUUGAAACUUGAU